AUGUUUGGUCUUGAAGGUCAUACUGCUACCUUAUAUGGUGAAUGGAUAGUAGUUAUUGGUGGCAAAACGUCCGCAUUUGAUCUUAACGGGUCUGUCUUUACGCUAAACAUUACAACAGGAGAAUGGAAGAAGCUUCACUGUGAUGGAGAGCCUCCACCACCACGUGUGUAUCACUCCGCUUGUUUGCAUGGUACACGAAUCCUCAUAUUUGGCGGCAUCACAUCUGUUGGAUUUCAUAAUUCUCACUGCAACACAUGCAGAACCUAUACGGCAACACAGUUAGAAAAAGACUGUAAACAACAACAACAACAACAACAACAACAACAAGUAGAAGAAGAGCAAAGGGGUAUAGUUCUCCCACACUUAAACGUGUCGCCAGGUGUUGUGCAUGCACUUGACUUCUCCACUAUUCCGCCCCGCUGGGAUCAUUACAUUCACACAACCGGCACACCACCCACACACCAACCCGCACACCACGCAGUGGCUGCACACACAACUGCCAUGUACGUGUUGGGUGGCUGCAGUGUAAACGGGGCGAACCUUCACACUGAACAGGAGUUGGGAUGUAUGUACCGUUUUGAUUUCUCGACUCGGCACUGGAGUGUAGUGCCGCUGCAGACUCCACUCUUUUGCUGGGGAGCAACACUUACACCACUAGGGGGUCCUCUAUUUUGUCUUUUUGGUGGAGUUUCUCGAAUAACAAAUAGGGAAUCACGAGAAACAUUCUUGUUGAAUGUGGAAACCGGUAUUGUACAGCAUAUAGUGGUGAAUGAAUAUACUCCACUUCCUCGUGUAGGACAUGGAGCUUGGCGCUGGGGUUGUUUUGUGUACAUAUUUGGUGGUACAGGUUCAAACACCAGACGUUUAUUUAACGAUCUUCACCGAUUUGAUGUACCACGACGUUGUUGGGAACCUGUAGUAGUGACAAACGACAGCACAUCAUCGUCAAUAUCAUCAUCAAUAUCAUUAUCACUACCACCACCACUGACUGGCUUUGCUGUGGUGUGCGUUGGAGAGCAUGUUUAUAUUAUUGGAGGAUUACGUUCGAAAAUGAUACGUACAAUGGAUGCAUUUCGUCUUAAUAUGCGCACACUCACGUGGAGUAAAGUAGAAGCGACGUUCUCUAAUUCACAGUUUUUGUUCUCAUCUCUAUCAUCUCCAUUUACAGAUGUUGUCUUGUUUGGAUCGAAACGUAACGUUACGAGAGGUGUACAAACAGAGUUUGAGGGGUUUGAUUAUUCUUCUUCCUAUUCUACUAAUCCUGUUUCUACUACUACUACUACUACUACUACUACUACCGCUGUAGACUCCAAUAGGAGUAAGUUAUUUGAGCCAAAUAUUAUAACGUCAAAUUCUAAGGUGAAUGUGCAGAAAAGGCACCACUCUGAUCUAUUGCCUCAUCAGCGUUUAGACAAGGAAAUAAAAGAACUGCAAGUGUUGAUGUCGGAGUGGAGUAAGAUGAUCACUUAUAAGCACACUGAUGAUAAACGUUUCAUAUUGGAAUAA